AUGGCUGGUAGCCUGGAAGGACUUUAUCCUGAACUUGACAGAUCCCACAUCCUAACUCAGUUCAGCGAGCAUAGGGUCAAUGGGACAAGUAGAUGGUCAGCUCCACCAAGCCCCUCAGUAGAUAGAGCUUGGCUAGAACUAGGAGUUCGCGAUGUUGGAUUUCUCGUUCCAAAGACAGUCGGUAUCAGCCAUGGUCUUGAUCCUAGAGAGCAAAAAUAUUACCCAAAAGGAACAUAUCGCAGCGAUUCUGAACUAGAAGGAUUCAUCGUGUUUGUUCAAGCCUUUCACGACCUACAUUGUUUGGAUGAGCUCCGAAAAGCCCUCUACUUCAACAAACCCUACUACCGCCAAUACGAAGAUGAUAAUCUCGUGCCGGAGUGGUUCCGCGUAAGCCAUAUUAAUCAUUGUCUAGACAAUAUUCGUGAGACCUUGAUGUGUGCAGCUGAUAUAGGGGUAAUACCAACCGUAUGGACGGGAUCGCAUAAUAGCUCCAUUAGAUUCUCUAACAAGCAUCAAUGCAAUAGUUACGAUUCAUUGCUAGAGUGGAAAGCGAAGUGGGAUGCAGAUCAUCCUGCUUUCGCAAAGGAGUUGCCGGAGCAGUUUCAAGCACCUCCAGAUGCAGUUUUUCAUGACCCUAGCGAAUGGGUGGUCUAA